UGCUCUAAUCAUUUCAUCACAUUGCUUUAGAAACUGCAGCUCACAGAGGCGCAGUCACAAGUUUGAGGAAAAUUCAAAGGGCCUCUCAGGAGCCACAAACUCAACGUCUGAUUAAGAAGAGGACGCGAAAGAAGUAAAAAAAAAAACCAAAACGAAUUAAUUCAGCAGAUUCUGGUCCACAGCAGAGGCGAGAAAGAAGGCGGGGCUACAGGAGCUGAAGCCGGGGCUCCCGAGCUCUCAUUGGCUUGUGUGUUUGCUUAUCAGAAAAGUCUAGCCAAUGAGCGAAUUUCAUUUUUUUUUUUGUAAUGUUACGUUCAAGAUCGGUCAGAAUGACAGAAUAAUGCCAGGAUAUUUUACGUGAACAACACCUCGUAGUGGGAACGCUGAUAAGGUGAAUUUGCAGGAAACAAUACUACACGAAUUUCCUGUGUGUGGUGUAUCGCUGACCUCAGUCAAUAAUCUAAAAUAAAAAUAAAAACUUUGUCUACCAGAAAGGACGUUUAUGUUGACGAAUUUUAUUUUGCGAGACGCGCUAGUCUUUCGUUUAACCCUUUAUAGUCAAGCAGAAAUUAGGCUUACAUAGAAAAGGUUUAUGGACGGAGCAGGUGACACUUCAGCAGGAUUUGUUUCAACCCCUGACAGCCACCAACUGACUGACACCCGUCUGGGGUUUGAGCAACACACACGUUAAAUGUCACAGUAUGGGAGGACAUGAAUCUGAACAGCAUUCAUAACUAACGAACAUUUCCAAAUUGUCGAGGAAUACAAACUUAAAUGUCUAAUGUGGUCGUUGGCAGGUGCGAAGGGCUGCCAGGACGUUCGGUGAUCCACUUAAGGGGUUCAAAGGAGACAGUAGCGCCCACAGCUGCAGCUUUUCAAUUUGGUUACGUUUGCAUAGCCGAACAUGACACAUGUUCAACAAGCACAAAAAGCAGAAACGGAGGGGUGCCUUUGCCAUCGCGUUUUGAAAGGAGUUCCGUAGACAUUUUCAACACUUGGGCUGCUUGUUUGGCACUGGAGAGACGGGAGUCCCUGGAGCGGCCUGGGGUCUUCAAGGCGACAGAAGAGCACAAGAGCAGCCUGUGUGUAGAUAGCGGAGGAGGACCCGCAGAUGUUUCAUCCGGUCAGCUCCAAACGCAACAUGCGACCAAGUGACAAGAAAAACCCCAUACUGACCCGGAGGGAACACGCAAGCUCCACAUAAACCACGGCUGGCCCAUCUCGAAUGCUCCAACAUGAAACCCACGUGAGCGCACUAAAGUGACAAGGUGAAGCGUCACAACGCGAAGCUCUGAAAAGUCUAAGAGCGCGUGAACACACGGCAAAAGUCUUCGCAGCAGAACACUACGUGUUGGGGUUUGAGUCUCCACAAAUUUAAAGCCCUUUCCUUAAAGAUCUCCCAGAAUUCCCCAGUGCCUACUCACUGAUGACAUCAUCAUUAGGGACAAUAUACAGAUGGACCCGAGCUGUUCUGUGUUGUCGGACUUUAUGGAGAGAACACUUCAUUUUGUGAUUUGAAAUCUUUGGUUUUGUUUUUCUGGUUGCCAAAUCCUCCUCCCUCUUGUUCCAGAAUUUUGCUUUUUGAUUCUCAUUUUGACUCUUGACGUUUGACUGACGUGACCUACGGCUCAUUCUGUGACCUGCGUCUCUUCUGAUCACUUUCAUUUUUUUCUUACUGUCUCUAUUGAGUCCGUACACAUUCCAGCCAUUUAAUAGACUGUAAUCAAUGAGUGGCGGAUACUUGCAGAGUUUCAGUUCAGACGACUCCUUCAUAUGUGUUUGUCGCCCUGCUGGGCACUAUAAACCAUCCUCUGGAGUGCAGACCCAUCAGUGAUGGAACACAUCAAGAAGACAAUAUGCAGACGACACAAGAGUUAUUUUAUUUUACUGCUAGUUGGGGUUCUCUGCUUUUAUUCAAUCCAAACGAAGCUGCUGACUUUUUUAACGCUACUCUUCCCUGGCAUGGCCAAUCACUGGCAUAAACCUGAGAUGCUUGAUGGUGGGCCCCAGGCUUUAUCUGCCAGUUUAAAGCAACAUACAGUAUCAGAUGUGAAAACCUCUGAGGGGGGGAUUCAGAUCUUUGCCGUUAUAAAGUGGACCUCGCAUGAGGAGUACCUCUGCCGCCUUGAUUGUGACAAUAGAGUCGUCUUCAUGGAUGCACAGGUUAAAAUCUUCUUCUCUAUUCACAACUUUCCUUACAUGCUGGUGGACCUCCAUUGCCACAACCCAUGCACAUUGGCCACUGUAAUAAAAGUGGCAGUGACAACAAAGAGUCAGAACAUGACCCAGAGUUCCUCUGUCCAAAUCCAGUCUUUCAAUGAGAGCGAGUCCCCCAGAGACCUUACGGUGUGCAUCUCAGCUUUCAGCAGUUACAACAGAAGACAGCUCCUCCAGCAUGUCAGUGCUUACCAGCACUUGGGGGCUGAGAAGAUCUACAUCUACCAAAGUGAAACCUCUGUGGAGACACAGAAGAUGCUGGCCAAAUUCCUCGAAAAGGGAUGUGUGGAGGUCAUCAACUGGAAAGUGGAUGCCAUUUUAAGACCGGCUGCAACUGACUUGAUACAAGCUCUUCAGUGGGCAGCCUGGCGUGACUGCAUUUACAGAAACAAGAGAGGCAGCCAGAAUCUCAUACUCGCUGCCUCGGAUCAAAAUGGCCUUUUCACUAAAGGCUAUGCCUGGACUGGGAUGCUGCAGGUCUUCAGAAAGGAGAACUUUUCUAUCAAUGACAUGGAAGUGCGGGACUGUGCCAGAUACGUGGCUACCUCUGAUGAUGCCAGCAGGCAGGAGAAGAGCACUGAAGGAGCUCAGGCGAGGUGUGGUGAUGCCCCCAUUAUGCCACUUCUAAGAACAAACACCACAUUUGCUGUCCUCACUUUGGCUGCGGAACCUUCUACCAAGAAAAAUCUGUCUCCACUGGCCCAGUGUCUUGGGAGCACAGCUUCCCAGGAGCAAGUGACCUUUAUUCAGCUGAGAAUUGAGGAGAAAGAAAAAACCUCUUCAUUGGUCAAACCAGUCAGAGAUGCCCAAGCUUUGGUUGUUACAGCAUUUUACGAAGACCGACAGCAGAAAGAUCUGAUUCUAAUCACUGGAAUUGUGAAGCGAAGUCACUAUGAAAAAGGGCAGGGGGCGCUCUACUGCCACGUGCCGUGUGGGAAUGCCAUUCACGUCAGACCCAUCCAUGCAGACAUUCACGGGGACCACUUUGAUUUUCCUUACGGGAUGGCGAGUCUCACCUGCACAAACCCAUGUGGAUCAAGAGCUCUGACCAAUGUGACGGUGAGCACAAGCAGUGACAGGACAUCAUCGGGGGUCACACUAACAAUUCACAACACUAAGGACUCUCGACCCCCUGAGCCUCUGUGGGAUUUCACCGUCUGCACUUCCACGAUGUUCAAUAACUUCAGUAAUGUCCUGCAGCUCAUCCAGUCUCUAGAGAUGUACCGACUGCUGGGGGCCAGAAAGGUGGUCAUCUACAAGACAAGCUGUUCUGACCAGGUACAGGAGGUGCUGGACUACUACGUCAAAGAAGGGUUUGUCCAGCUUCUUGAGUGGACAGUGAAUUUGUACCUUAAUCCAUCCGCAAGCUGGAGUUAUAAACUGCACAAGGGAGACUUGCACUAUCACGGUCAGAUUGUGGCACUAAAUGACUGUUUGUACCGAAACAUGUACUCCAGCAAGUAUCUGGUUCUUAUCGACCAGGAUGAGAUCAUUGUACCCUACAAACACAACAACUGGAGAGACCUGAUAGACUCCCUAAGAGAGGUGACACCUGGUGCCAACAUCUUCAGGUUCUCAAAUCGCGUAUUUCCAACUGAUAUGUAUGAUAAAGACCCUGGCGCCCUACAAUGGAACGAUGUCCCAGGAGUCAAUGUUCUACAAUUUGUCAACAGGGAGACGAAACUCGAAUGGUUUGACCCCAAAAAGAUGAUCGUGGAUCCCAGAAUUGCCUACAAAGCCUCAGUUCAUUACCUCACGCAUCAUUCUGGAAAAGUGAAAGAAGUCGACGAAUGGGAAGCCCUGAUGUUCCAUUAUAAAGAGCACAAAGUGAUCUCGGCACCCCGGAAUGAUUUAAGGCUUUUGGAUUAUAAAGCUGAGCUCAGUGUAAACGUGAAUCAAGUUUUGAGCCAAACUCUAAGACGGUUUUACCCGUUUGUGGUCACACCUGUGGAUGGUGUCAAUGUCUUCAUUGUUUCAGCCUUUUAUGACAACAGAAUGAUAAAUGAACUGCCAUGGGAUGUGAUCCGCAUUAUUGGAAUCGUCAAGCGGGAUCACUUUGAAGGCCAGCAGCAGACCCUUCACUGUCACAUUGAGUGUGAGAAUGUCAGUCACCGCCGUGACGUUCAUGUUCAGCUCCACGAUAACCAUCAUGACUUUCCUUACGGUACGGCAGAUCUCCUUUGCCAGAACCCAUGUGGCUCUGCUGCUUUGAUCCGAGUGGCUGUGAGUAACAGCGACGUAAGUAGUCCAUCCGAUGUCUAUUUGAACGUUCGCAAUUCCAAAUUUGCACGACCUUCUAAGCCUCAAAGGAACUUCACUGUGUGCAUUUCAGUGAUGGCUGGUCAUUAUGAUGAUGUUCUGCAGCUCGUCCAGUCCAUUGAGAUGUACCACCUAUUGGGUGCUGACAGGAUCUUCAUAUACAAAACUAACUGCUCUGCGGAGGUGCAAAAGGUUCUGGAUUACUACAUUGCUGAGGGGUUCUUGGUCGUCUUCAACUGGACUGUGGAUUCCUAUUUCACUUCAUCGGAGAUAUUUAAUCACGGCCAGAAUGUGGCCUUCCAUGAUUGCCUCUACAGAAACAUGUACACCAGCAGGUACCUGGUCCUCAACAGUCCUGGUGAAAUAAUUCUUCCCUACAGACACAACACCUGGAAGGAGCUGCUCGACUACCUCAAAAAUCAAAACUCCAGGUUCGGGAUUUUCAUGUUUUCAGGUCACGUCUUUCACCGCAGCACCAAUCCGAAAGUCUCUGGUGGAACAGAAUGGGAGGGUGUCACUGGGGUGAACGUGCUGCACCACGUCUACAGAGAGAAAGAGGCAGAAGGCUCAGAGUCCAAGAAGGUCAUUUUAGACCCACUAAUUGUACAAAAGGUGUGUAUUCCUGAAUUACGGAAGUUAGUUGAAGAAGUGAAGGAGGUUGAUAAAAACGACGCAAUGCUGUUUCUCUGCGAAAAUCACACCGCCACCUCAUCAGGCUCGUAUGACCCAAGAAUAUUGAACUUUCAAUCUAAGCUCAACGAACACGUGAAAGCAGUUCUGAGUGAAACUAUUAAAAGAUGAAGAAUUUGCAGUGGUCCUACCAAAACACCUAAAGUCUGCACUGCUGAUGUCUUAUUGGCUUUCAUUUUAACAGCAUCAUCAUGCAUCAGUGCAGAAGACCAAUACCUCUAAUGGCAUCAGCGUUAUCAUCAAAAUCAAAGAACAGACACUUGGAGCAGUUUCAGGCCUCAAGUACCUUUGAGCAGUUCGCUCAGAUGAAGAUUCAAUGCCUGAAAUUAUGGCCAAGAUGGCUCGAACAACAGCAGCACUAAUGUGACUUAAGCUCCAUCUGGAAUGACAACAACGUCACCCUUGGAUCCAAACUGAGGCUGAUGCUUUCCCUUGUCUUGUCAGCUUUCUUGUAUGCAUGUCAGACAUGGACCCUCACAGCAGAGCUACAGAAGAGAGUUCAAGCCAUGGACAUUUGAAGAUCCUGAACAUCUCCUACACCAGAAAUGCUACAAAUGAAGAAAUCAAUCUGAAGAUCACACAGGCAAUCAUAAUCCAUGAUAAUCUGAUCAAAAUUGUUAAAAACAUGAAAACUGAAAUGGUGUGGCCUGAUCACCAGAUCAUCAGGCCCUUUUAAGGACCAUCAUGCAAGGCAGGAAAAGAGGAGAGUGACAGACAAAAGAAGAAAUGGAAGGGCAACAGCUUUCCCUUGUCCUGUCAGUUUUCUUGUAUGCAUGUCAGACAUGGACCCUCACAGCAGAGCUACAGAAGAGAGUUCAAGCCAUGGACAUUUGAAGAUCCUGAACAUCUCCUACACCAGAAAUGCUACAAAUGAAGAAAUCAAUCUGAAGAUCACACAGGCAAUCAUAAUCCAUGAUAAACUGAUCAAAAUUGUUAAAAACAUGAAAACUGAAAUGGUGUGGCCUGAUCACCAGGUCAUCAGGCCCUUUUAAAGACCAUCUUGCAAGGCACAUUGCCAAAAGAAGAGAUGGAAGGACAACAGUACACAGUGUAAGGGUCUGCACUUUAGUGACUCCCAGCUACCCGAGAUGUACACAAAGAGAGAGAUGGAGAUGUCUUGUCAGAGAGAGAUGGAGAUGUCUUGUCAGCUUUCUUGUAUGCAUGUCAAACAUGGACCCUCACAGCAGAGCUACAGAAGAGAGUUCAAGCCAUGGAAAUUUGAAGAUCGUGAACAUCUCCUACACCAGAAACGCUACAAAUGAAGAAAUCCAUCUGAAGAUCACAUGGACAAUUGGAAUCCACGACAAUAAUCUGAUCAAAAUUGUUAAAAACAUGAAAACUGAAAUGGUGUGGCCUGAUCACCAGGUCAUCAGGCCCUUUUAAAGACCAUCUUGCAAGGCACAUUGCCAAAAGAAGAGAUGGAAGGACAACAGCACACAGUGUAAGGGUCUGCACUUUAGUGACUCCCAGCUACCCGAGAUGUACACAAAGAGAGAGAUGGAGAAGGGUCAUCAAGACAUUUUCUGUGACUCCCCCACCCAUGGAUUAGGGGAUACUUGGUGUGACAUGAAUGAUCAGAUAAGAAGACCCUGAAGUCCAGCUGGCCAGACAAACCCAACAGGGGUCUUUGUAGAGAUUCUGCCAGGCUGUGGACUCUUUCGGGGUGCUUUGUCAGGUUAUGAUUUGUGACUGUGGUCACGUGUCAUUGAGGAAGGUGACUUACAAGAGGUAUUUAAUGGGAAAUUGGAAAGCACACCGAGAACUGGAAGAGUCUGCGAUGUGGAUACCCUGAAAUUUUGUCUGAAAGUGAUCAAUGAAAAGCUUGGACAUCUUAGAUGUUAGAAAAACCAAUGAAGUCUCGGGACAGAAGGGUCUUGACGUAUGUACUAGCAUACCCUCAGGAGGGCUAAUGGUAAAUUACAAGAGAUGACAAAGCUUGAGGGAAGAGUUCAGAUCAGAAGGCCAUCUUAGGUUCUCACAGGCAGGUGGCCUUCUCUCCUGAUAUUUUUUGAUGCCAAGUAAGCAUGGAUCAUCUGAAAAGGUUGCAAGGGUUUUAAAAAGUUAAUGUUUUCAAAUGCACAAUCUUUGGUAUAAUUCAGGCUUGUAGGUAGAGUGGAGCCUGUGGUGACAAUAGGGGAAGUAAAGCAGGCACCAACCCUGGAGAGAGUGCCAGUCCAUUGGAAGGCACACUCACACCCACGAAGGGUCAGUUUAGAGUUGCCCGCUCACCUAAUUAUAUCAAUAAUGGCCAUUGGACUUAAGGCAGGAACCAGCUCUCAACAGGGUGCCAGUCCAUAGCCGGGUUCAGUCCUGCACACAGGCCUGGUGCAGUGCAGAGUUUAGAAUUGCCCAUGGAAAUGACCACCAUGUCCUAAGAAACACUGGAAAUGCCACAGAAACUCAGGGAGAACAUGGAGGUCCACACAGACACAACCAGGUCUGACUGGAACCUUAAAUGCUGGACUGAUGAGGCAGGAGUUUUAAACUCUGUGGGACCCUCAGAUAUUCUGUAUGAAGGCAAGAUGGUGCCAUUAAAGACAGAAAUGGUCUUGAUGGCAACAUAAUAGGAUGAACGUUCUUGCUGGAUAAGGAAGAUGCCAGAUUCAGCUCAGUUUGCACUUUAAAAUGAUGGCAUCUGUUAAAAGAAGUUUUUAACCCCAUUGGACAUUCUCAGAUUUUCUUGUUAUAUGACUUUGAAUCCCAGUGGAUUUACUUUGGCUUUUUAACACAACGACUCUUUAAUGUCCAAAUAAGAACAGAUCUCUGCAAAGUGGUCUAAAUUAAUGAUAAACUGAAGACCACUAACUCUAAUGGCAUCAGCGUUGUCAUCAAAAUCAAUGACCAGACACUUGGAACAGUUUCAGGCCUCAAGUACCUGGGAGCAGUUGGCUUAGAUCAAGUUUCAAUGCCUGAAAUUAUGGCCAAGAUGGCUCAAACAACAGCAGCACCCAUGUGACUUAAACCCAUCUGGAAUGACAUCAGCGUCACCCUUGGAUCCAAACUGAGGCUGAUGCUUUCCCUUGUCUUGUCAGCUUUCUUGUAUGCAUAUCAAACAUGGACCCUCACAGCAGAGCUACAGAGGAGAAUUCAAGCCAUGGAAAUUGGAAGAUCUUGAACAUCUCAUGCACCAGAAAUGCUACAAAUGAAGAAAUCAAUCUGAAGAUCACACGGACAAUUGAGGAAUCCAUGACAAUAAUCUGAUCAAAAUUGUCAAAAACAUGAAAACUGAAAUGGUGUGACCUCCUCACCAGAUCAUCAGGCCCUUUUAAGGACCAUCAUGCAAGGCACAUUUUCAGGAAAACGGGAGAGUGACAGACAAAAGAAGAAAUGGAAGGGCAACAGUAAUGAUUAAUUAAUUUAAUCAAUCAAUCAACUAACUAAUUAAUGAAGGCACCUCAUGUGUCUUAAUUAAUUAAUGAAGGAUUACGUUUUCGCCCCCUUCACUUAGUAUUUAGGAGAUGGCAGCCAUGACAGCCUUGAGUCUAUGUGCACAGGUUUCUCUCUCCUUCAGCUCUGCCAUAUUUUAACCCGUUCUUCUUUGCCAGACUUCUCAAGCUCUGCCAGUUGUCACGGUCAUCGUGAGUGAACAGCCCCGGAUUGAGAUCUGCACUCUGACUCGGCCACUCCAGGACAUUCACAUUGUUGUCUUGAAGCCAUUCCUGUGUAGCUUUGUCUUUAUGCUUGGGCCUGUUGUCUUCUCCCAUGGUGCAGUUUUCUUGCAGACUUUAGUAGGUUCUUCUUCUGGAUGUCCCAUUGUAUUGCUACCUUCAUUGUCCCCUCACAACCCUUCCCAGAUCAUGUUACAGAGAAGCAUCCCCACAGCCUGAUGUUUCCACCACCUUGCUCCACGAUGGCGAUGGUGUGUUUGUGAUAAUGUGGAGUGUUACGUGGCAUUUGGGCUCUCAUUAGACCACAGAGCCUUCUUCCAGUUGAUUUCAGAGCCCCUCGUGUGUCCUCUGUUGAGACGUCCUGUGUGAAUCUUCUGUUUGAACCUCUACUAUAAAGCUGUGGCUGGUGAAGCACCCGGGCAUGGUCGUUGUCUGCACAGUUUCCCCCAUUGUAGCUUGUCACUCACGGAGGUCUCUUGGUGGACUCACUCAUUCAUCUUCUUCAGUGUUUUUCGGAUGGUCUGCUCUGCCACAUUUCCAGCUCUGCCAUACUCUUUCCAUUUCUUCAUGACUGCUUUAUCUUUAUAUUCAGUGACUUGGAGAUGUCCUUGUCUCCUUCUCUUGACUUGUGCUUGUCAUGGAGUGGCUUGUUUCAUUCUUCUGUCUUCAUUGUGUAGGUUAGCCCACCAUACUGACUCACCACAAGCUGGACCUUCCACAUACAGUCAAUGGAAACCCCAGACAGGUGACAUCCUAAAACCAGCGGGUCUGCACCAUUGAGGAUUUAGGAGCGUCAUAUUCAAUACUUAUGCCAUCGAUUGUUUUGUGCUUUAUAUUUGUACUUUAGACCACUUUGCACAGAUCUGUUUUCACGUUGACAUUCACAAGUCUUUAUCUGUUAAUCAAUGGAAGAUUCAAUCCACUGGGACUCAACGUUCAUGGAAAACAUCCAAAGUGAUGAAGACAUUUUAUACACACUGCAUUGCUUAGUUUACGGUUUUUGCAUAAUUUUGAUUCUGACAGCGUAAUGAAUGAUAAAGAAACUUGAUUGAGGAGUUCUUCUAAAUAAAGAUCCAAUCAAUGAUGCACUUUCAUAUUAUUCAGAAAUAAAAUGGGACCCGUGACGUCACUAGGGGUGUGACACCAUCAGACGGGGUGACACCCAAAUGACGGUUUCUAAAGGGGUGAUUCUCCAUGAAAUAGGAGUGUCCAGGGGCAGAAAUCACCAAUGGGGACAAAUCCACUGGAUGACUUCAUCAAGCGUCCGCUCACCAUUAAUACUGGGAAUUAAUGCACUGCAUUAAAUGGAUGCCUGUCCGCAUCAAUUCAUGAAGUCUUCCAGGGGCCUGUUGGGGUCUUAAUCCAGUCCUGGUUACCACACUGGGUGACGCGAUUACUCAGGACCUGAUUGAUCUUUUUUUUUUUUUUUAAAUAACCACUAGAGGGCAUAAGUGGACUUGGAGGGCAGGCGUUUAUGAAACACACAACUGGAUUCACUAAUCAGGGUGACAAAUGGCCGGAAGGGAGGACACUGUGAGGUGGUUUGAGGGAAAGAAGUACAGUGCAUCCGGAAAGUAUUCACAGAGCAUCACUUUCUCCACAUUUUAUGUU